AUGCCCAAACAUACAAAAAUAAGGCCGACAUAUGACCUGGAAUCCUCAGAUGAAGAGCUGGAGUACCAGAAACAGAAGCUACUGAACCCUUUAAAGAGGGUGAAGGAAGACGAAGAGGACGAUGAGCUAUCCACCGUUUCAUUUGGAACAUUACGUAGUGCUCAAUCCAGAUUGCAGAAUGAAAGAGCCAGUUUCCAGAGUGAUAGCGAACCAGAAGAAUUCUUCCAAGAGUCAGACUCUGACUCGGGUCCUGAAGAAACCAGUUCGAGUAGUCAUAAGAAGAGAAGCAAACAUGCACCAGCUGAAGCAUCGAGCAAGAGGCCCGUAUCCAGAAUUAGAGACAUCCAGGGCCUACCUUCAAGAAAGUCACAAACCUUGCACACUGAUAUUCGGUUUGAUGCAGCUUACGGGAAAGCUGAUUUGAAUCAGGCUAGAAAGAAUUAUGCGUUUUUGGAUGACUAUCGUAAGCAAGAGAUCCAAAACAUGGAGCAAAUUUUAAAGGACAAGAAAUCAAAGUUGGAUGAGGAGGAAAAGGACGAGAUCAGGUUACAGCUUCAAUCUUUGAAAUCGAGAAUGGACACUUUGAAAAAUCGUGACUUGGAGAAUCAAGUCUUGAAGGAGUACAAGAAGAAGCAAUAUCAAAACGUAAAGGAGGGCAAGUCAAGCCAACCACACUUUUUGAAACGCGGUGAUAAGAGGAAAAUUUUACAGAAAGCCAAGUAUGACAGCAUGAAACCUAAGCAGAGAGAAAAGGCAAUGGAAAGAAAGAGAAAGAGAAGAUUAGGAAAAGAAUUUAGACAAUUGGAAUUCAGACCCCGUAAUGAGUAG